AUGUCAGCCUUCGACCCAACAGAGCAUACACAUAGGCGAUGGAACCCGCUCACAGAGUCAUGGGUUCUCUGCUCGCCGCAUCGCACCAAGCGUCCGUGGCAAGGAGCUCAGGAGUCAGCAGAGGUACCGCAGCUUCCCGAGUACGACCUCAAGUGCUAUCUCUGUCCAGGCAACGAGCGAGCGACGGGUGGUAAGACGGACAAGUACGAGUCGACGUACGUUUUUGAGAAUGACUUUGCGGCAUUGAAGCCAGAAGAGGCCAAGGCCGGAGAAGAUGUCACCAAUCCACACCCGCUCAUCAAGCUCCAACCAGCGCGCGGGAAAUGCUUCGUCAUCUGCUUUAAUCCAGCGCACAACCUCACCAUCGCCCAACUCACCACGCCCCCCUAUAGCGCCUCAUCCCACAUUGUGCCCAUCAUCAAGGUAUGGCAAGACGUAUACGGCAGAAUCCCGCGCGAAAACCCCUUCGUCUCGUACGUCCAGAUCUUCGAGAACAAGGGCGCCAGCAUGGGCUGCUCCAACCCUCAUCCUCACGGACAGGUCUGGUCGCUCGAUUAUGUGCCCGAAGAACCAGCAAAGGCCCUGCGAAGUCAGUACCGUUAUUCACAAGAGCAGACGCAUGUCCAGGCUGGGGAGCCAAAGAGCAAGACAGGUAGACCGAGCUUGCUGCUCUCUUACGCUCAUUGGGAGAUGCAGCAGCCCGACUCGCCGAGACUGGUGGCCAGUAACGAAGACUGGAUUGCCGUAGUCCCAUACUGGGCCGUUUGGCCUUUCGAGGUCCUGGUCCUGCCGCGUAAUACGCACCUGAAUCACAUCCUCGACUUCAGUCCCGCGCAAGUCCAGUCCUUUGCAGCUAUCAUGGGCGAGGUGACGCUGCGUUACGACAAUCUCUUCGAGUGCUCCUUCCCGUACUCCAUGGGACUGCAUCAACGCCCUAUCCCGCCUCGCGCUUCGGAUCUCACCGCAGCACAAAAGCAAGAAGAGAGCGAAUGGGAUGAAGCGCAGUUUCAUGUUCACUUCUACCCUCCGCUGCUCCGGAGUAAGACGGUCAGGAAGUUCUUGGUGGGCUUCGAGAUGCUGGGAGAGCCACAAAGGGAUCUUACGCCGGAGCAGGCGGCGAAGAGGUUGAGAGACGUUGAUGCGAGCCAGCAUUACACGGCUCAGCUGCUCAAGAAGUAGAUGCGAGCAUCGCUUAGUGCGGGGUCUUGUAUGGUAUUGGAUUGCUGAAUGUAGUCAGACGUGAUCCCUGCUUGUCUUCUGUCAUUUGUCGGCCGGCUUCUCGCCCCUCUUCCACAUCCACACCGCAUCGUCCCCGAACCAAGC